AUGGGACAAAGGAAAUCAUUUUGGUUUUAUCUCGCUUUUGUGCUCGUAAUUCUCAGUACUCUUGCAAAUGAAGCAGAGGCGAGAAGAAAAAUUUUGCGAGGAAGGCGUGUGAUGACUCGUACAUAUUACCAUGGCAAUGCAGUACCCGCAUGGGCUAUAAGUUUGAUGUCUGGAAUAGGAAUGUUGCUCGUGGGAGGAGUGCUGUAUUUAAUAAUGAGAAAAGUUGUGCUCGCUUCAGAGACUGGUACUCUCAAUACUUACCAACCAACAUUACAACACGAUAGUGUU